UCUCAAGUUGACGUCUAGUCUUUUUGUUCAGGUGCACACAGACUGACCGUUCCUCUGGCCCUUUUCCUUGGAAUUUUUUGGGGAAAACUAAUCCGCAGCUAUGAGUGAAGCACAACAGGAGGCCCGCUCCUACUUGAGCGAGGAGAUGAUCGCUGAGUUCAAGGCUGCCUUCGACAUGUUCGACACUGACGGUGGCGGUGACAUCAGCACCAAGGAGUUGGGUACCGUAAUGAGGAUGCUGGGCCAGAACCCAACAAGAGAGGAGUUGGAUGAAAUCAUUGAGGAGGUUGAUGAGGACGGCAGCGGCACCAUCGACUUUGAGGAGUUCUUGGUCAUGAUGGUCAGACAGCUAAAGGAGGACCAGGCCGGAAAGAGCGAAGAGGAAUUGGCUGAGUGCUUUCGUGUAUUUGACAAGAACGCCGAUGGCUACAUCGACAGAGAGGAGUUUGCUCUGAUCAUCCGCAGCACCGGAGAGAGCAUCACAGAGGACGAGAUCGACGAGCUCCUGAAGGACGGCGACAAGAAUGCAGAUGGCAUGCUGGACUUUGACGAAUUCCUUAAGAUGAUGGAAAAUGUGCAGUAAAGCAGGGACUCAAGGACAUUCCUCCUCCCCAUGACCUCCGACCCCUUCUGGCCCCUCCUCCUUUCACCCUCUACAAGCUCCACCUCCCCCCUGUCUUUACAGACCUCAGCCUUUUUUGACAGACAGGGCUCAUUCCAAUCGCUUAUUUUUACCUCCUUGCAUCCUAUAUAGGAAACGUGUAUUAGGCAAAUGGAAAAUCCUUGUUCAGUCACACAUCAGUUUUAAGCCAUGUCAAUCACAGAUGUGAAAGAUUAAGAGAGGUGGAUCCACAGGCCGAUCAUGAGUACAUCACACGUUCUGGAAGAAAACCUCUGUGAAGGAUGCUCCCAUGUUUCCUUGCUCAAGCAUCCUUUGGGAGCGUCCUAGCUCCUCACUCAUAGCUCCUUCAAGGAGCAUUGAAUACGUUGGACUGUCUUUAAACAUGGCGGACCUCAAUCGAUUUCUGGGUCAGGCGAGGACCAAGGAGACAAGAAUGGAUAAAAUAAGUGAUUAGAAUGAGCCCACAGACUCUGACUCCUGUCAAGUGGCUUUUUGCCUGCUUCUCUCUCACCAGCAUGAAGCCACAUCCAGGACUGACCACUGCAUUGUCAUCAUGGUCUAAAUCCUUAUGCUGGGAAGGAAUGCAGUUCCACUCUCUGCUGUAGGGGAGCACACCUUACGAUCCCAAGACACAACAACAACAGCCAGUGGCUCCCUCCACUCCCCCUAGCAGUAUGUCAUCUAGAUCAGCAGUUAGACUUUUAUACUUCCUAGUUAACACCAAGUCGCCAUGGAAACUGCACAUGAACACUUGUAAAGGUGUAAUAAACAAAUGGCUAAAAAAAACA